AUGACAGACUCAUCAUCCAAAUCCUCCACCGACCCCUCCCACGCCGUCGACUCCUCCAAACAAGCCAACAACGCCCUUUUACCGUCCCAGCUCAGCGACGACGAACACGAUGGUUUUCACAAUGAUCACCAGGAUCAUCUUGACAUGCAACGUCUUGGCAAAAAGCAACAAUUCAAGCGUACUUUUUCACUAUGGUCUUCUAUAGGCUUUGUGGCGAUUUAUAUGGCUACCUGGGAGUUUGUUUUAAUUUCGCUUGCGCCGGGAUUUACGAAUGGUGGUUAUGCGGGUGUGUUUUGGUGCUUUGUUACGACUACUAUUGCGUAUAGUGCUGUUGUGGCGAGUUUGGCGGAGAUGGCUUCUAUGGCGCCUACUUCUGGUGGUCAAUAUCACUGGGUUAGUGAAUUCUCACCACCAAAGUAUCAAAAAGUCCUCUCCUACGCUUCCGGCUGGAUGACAACACUAGGCUGGCUCGCCAGUUUCGCGAGUAGCUGCUACACAAUCGCCUUCCAAGUGCAAGCCUGCAUCAACGUAACCAACCCGGACUUUGCAUUCACACCAUGGCAGAUUUCCUUAAUCAUGUGGGCUGUUAUCGUCAUCACCAUCGCAUUCAACACAUGGGGCACCGCAUUUUUCCCUCAGCUCGAAACAGCCAGUCUCAUCGGACAUGUUCUCGGUUUCUUCGCCGUCAUGAUUCCUCUUUGGGUUCUUUGUGAUAAGAAUAAUGCGAGUGAUGUGUUUACGCAGUUCACUGAUCAGAGUGGUUGGGAUAACAUGGGCUUUGCGUAUAUCUCUUCGCAGAUCUAUGUCCUGUGGUGUUGUUUUGGUUCAGACUCCAUCGUGCAUUUAUCCGAGGAAGUCAAGAACGCGAGUAUCAUUGUACCAAGGGCUAUUUGGUGGUCGUACGUCGGUAAUGUCUGCUUUGGCUUCGUCAUGCUCAUCACCAUGCUUUUCUGCAUUGGGCCUCUUGAUCCCGUCAUUGCGUCUGACUGGCCAUUCAUCACGCUCUUUGAUCGAACCGGGUCCCAGAGUUUGAACUUGUUCUUCAAUGUCAUUUUGGACAAGAAAUGGCACAUGCCCUUCAACGCGGUCUAUCUCAUGUCCAUCGGCGCCGCUCUUCUCUCUCUCAUCCAAAUCGGUUCCGAAGUCGCCUUCACGGUCCUCGUCUCCCUCUCCACUCUCGGCAUCAUGUCGACCUACCUUCUCAGCAUCGGCUGCGUUCUUCUCAAGCGCAUCAAAGGCGAACAGCUUCCCUUUGCACGAUGGAGCUUGGGCAAAUUUGGACUGGUCAUCAAUGCGUUUUCGGUCCUGUACAGUUUGUUCAUUGUCAUUCUGUGCUGCUUCCCGCUUACGUUGCCCGUUGAUACUGCGACGGCUAAUUGGGCGCCGUUGAUCUGGUUCGGUGUUAUUCUGAUUGCAGCUGUUGCGUAUGUCAUGCAUGGAAGGAAGGCGUAUACGCCGCCUGUUAAUUUUGUGGAGGGUGUCAAGAUGCAGGGUGUUGGACUGCAGGAGUCCACAUGA